AUUAUCAGUCUGUCUGCUUCGUUCUUCGAUUCGUUCGCAAUAAUUGUUGGUCGCAAAACUUGAAAAUUGGACUAUUUUCUAAAAAAGCCAAGUCGGUAGAGAUAAAUCACUAUCCAUCGUUAAUCGUUAAAGAUACCAAGUAAAAGUGAAGAAUUAUUUUGAAUAAAAUAAUGAACGGUCUGGCUAACAGUAACGAUGACUCUGUGGAGUGCCCAUUGUGUAUGGAGCCGCUUGAAGUGGAUGAUCUGACCUUUUUUCCAUGCACUUGCGGAUACCAAAUUUGUAGAUUCUGCUGGCACAGAAUUCGUACAGACGAGAACAAACUGUGCCCAGCAUGUCGAAAGGAAUAUCCGGAGAAUCCAGCUGACUUCAAGCCUCUGACGCAGGAAGAAAUGAUCGCUUUCAAGUCCCAGAAGCGGCAGAGAGACCAACAACGAAAGCAAAAAAUAACUGAGAAUCGGAAACAUUUGGCGAAUGUUCGUGUUGUGCAAAAGAAUUUGGUGUUUGUUGUGGGGCUGCCGCCUCGACUGGCCGACGCAGAUAUACUCAAAAAGCACGAAUACUUUGGCAAGUAUGGAAAAAUCCAUAAGGUGGUCAUCAAUCCCAGUACAACUUACGCUGGCGUGCAGGGUCCCUCGGCGUCGGCAUAUGUCACCUAUGUGCACAACACGGAUGCACUGAGGGCUAUACAGAGUGUGAACAAUAUCAUGAUUGAUGGGCGGCUGAUUAAGACCAGUCUCGGAACAACAAAGUACUGCAGCCAUUUCAUGAAGAAUCAACAAUGUCCCAAGGGCGACUGUAUGUACUUGCAUGAAUUGGGCGAUCCGGAAGCGAGCUUUACCAAGGAGGAAAUGCAUCAAGGAAAACAUCAGGAGUAUGAGAAACGAUUACAUGAUGUUCUGAUUGCAACUUCUGGGGCGAAUAAUGUGACUGGAAUCGGUGUAUCUACAAAUGCUACAACUGUUGCUCCUGCUGCUGCUAGUAGCGGCAGCGGAUCAGCAAAAGCAGCUGCGGUUGCUAUGUCAUCAUCGUCGUCAUCGUCAGCAUCAUCGUCCGUAUCAAUUGCAAAUGCAGCGAGUUCGGCAAAUGCGCAGCAAAAAGAGGCGUGGCCCAGUUUAUCAGUAUCCCCGGUUAAUAGCAAGGAAACUAUUGGAAAUGGUGGCGCCGCCAAUGGGAAUGGGAAAAGCAGAAAGGAGAAGUCACGAAACGAAAAAGGCCGCAACGAGAAAAACAAAUCUAAAAGCAAAAACAAUAUAUUCCCAGGCAAUGCAAAUACAUCAAACAAGGAGAAUUUUAUUCCAGAAUCGAGGACAGUAACCAUAACACCGGUUUCAACAGAAGACACAAUUGUUGCUGCUGCUGCUGCAACGAAAACCGAAUCGAGUGUUGCCAGCAGCAAUCGAUCAAAAACGGAACGGAAUAACAAGGAGAAGGCCUCGUCCGGUCGUGCGGCACUUGCAAAAGAGCAAAAGGAAAGCAAUGAUGCAACUCAUGGCGCACCAACGGAAACACAACCGGAAGAUGGUGCAAAUCCAAGCACUGACUUGGCCAGUGAAAGUACAAACAUGUUUUCAUUACCAAAACGAUCGGCAGCAUCCAAUAAUGUGCAACGAUCACUCAGUUCAAGCAGCGAGAACAGCGAUGAUCACGUAUCCGAGAGCAGUGCCAGCGAGGAGAGCUCACCGGGUAAUUUAACAAAGACGCGUUGUGAUAGUCCCAGCGACGGCGACGGCGACGGCGAAGGUCAUAAGGAUAUUGUCCUCAAUAAUAAUAAUAAUAAUAAAAACGCAGUAGAAAACGGUCCAUUUGUUGUAAACACAAUGGAUGAUGUUAGCAUUCACAAAGUUACCGAUCCCAUUAUUAAAACAAAGGAUGAUGCAAUUCAAACGACCCAAGAUAAAGUUGAAAUCCAAAAUACUGGUGAUAUUGACUGCACAAAGGAAGUAUCGGAUGCUCUCUUCAAGAUGAAUAUAUUCGAUGACAGCAAUAGCUUCUUCUCAUCGUCACCCGCAUUCCAGCAAUCACUGCUGCUGAGGAACAAAACUGAUGGCGAUAUGCGACAGUCUCAAAUAAAUAGCGUAACAAAUUCGCAUUUGCCGGACUUGCUUAAUGGCAUUGAUGGAUACCAGCAUCCGGCGAAUACAAAUGAGUGGGAGGAAGCCUUUCAGAAUGUAAUGCUACGCAACAAUCGGCACGUGGAGGAGCAAGUGCUGCAUCAGCAGCACCUGCAACUGCAACAGCAACAUCACCAUCAACAAGUACUGAAGCAGCAGGAAGAGUUUCUGCGGAUUCACGAAUUACAAAAACGGAACAAUCUAGUUAACAAUAUUGGAAUCCCUCAAAACACACACCCUGAAUUUCCUAACCAUUAUCAUGGCAAUGCAGUUGACGCGAAUAGGAGUCAACCACAUCCACCAGCAGUGCAUCCACCGCAUCUCGCACCGCAACCUGAUGAAAACCCACUUAAUAACAUAUUUGGCAACAUGUCAAAGUUCUUUGACUUUCAUAAAAGCCAGCAGCAGAUACACCAACAGUACAUGAAUGGACAUCAGCUUAGUGAUUCUCAUCGUUUGGCCCUAUUUCUCGAGAAUGGCCGUGCUUUUGAUAAUGGCAUUUUAUCGCAACAGUCGCAAUUGCAGAAACAGAGGUUAAUGGGAGCCUUUGAUAAAACAUCUUCUAACCAACCACAAAAUUCGCAUUCACCACAAAAUCGAUUUACACAAAGCUCGUUAGCAGAUGAUGACCUAGGUUUUGAUCCGUUUAUUGAAACUCAAAAGGGUCUGGCCGAACUUAUGGAAAAUGAGGUAGUACAACAGAAUGUAAAUAUUGGAAAUGCUGGAGCUAAAUUGCAGCAGCCAACACCAGCUACUCAUCAGCAACUACUUGAUAAUAUGCAGCGUGCCCGUAUGCCUCCUCCCGGAUUCAAUCAUAUGAAUACCCUAGGAUUUGACGGUGCAGCUCGGGUACACUCGAGCAAGAUUCUACCAUUUAUCAAUAUGCCAGGCGGCGGCAAUCCAGGAGUUGGCAACAAUAGUGCGCAACUGGAACAGCAGCAUCAACUCCAACUGGCAGCCAACUGGAAUCCCCACUUGGCCACAUUGCACCAACAUCCUGGACAGCCGUUAAAUGACACUCACUUGCAACAAAUGGCUCAAGCUGCUGGCGCCCACAAUAAAGGAUAUAGUAACAGUGAUUGGACAUCUAUGGAUCCAGCUAUUCUGUCUUAUCGGCAAUAUUCAUCCUUCCCACAUCAAGGUCAAAUGCCACUUCAUCAACAACAACAAGAUCUAUUUCUGCAACACUUGGCUCAAAAUCAACAACAAAACGGACAAGUAUUUGAUGUUUUGUCAACAAAUAGGGUUCAGUAAUCAAUCCCAACAAGUGCUUCCUGGUAUGAAUAUGCCUAACAAUUUGAUGAAUGGACAGUCGUCAUCUCAGACACAGGUCAACGCCAAUGUUCAGGGUAUGCUGGAGUUCUUGAAAAACCGUCAAUUUGUUUAAAUAAUGUCUGAAUAUAAUAGAUUUGUUUACCUGUACUACUUAUUAAAUACUUAUUACAAUACAUGCAUAUAGAAAAAAUCGAAUAUAACAAAUCGAAAAUCA